UCACCUCGAGCCACUACCGUCAAGCUGCCAUUGCCGUCGCUGCUGGAAUCGCUAUCCGCAUUCUCGUCGCCAUCCCCGGCAAGGGCUGUGCAUCUGAGAUCCUCGACGAGCUGGACACACUAAGAGAACGCACAUCUGACGAGACUUGCAGAUAAUCGGAGUGAGAUUCCUACUAUGGAUCCUCUCGUUUGCCGUGAACAUGGACCACGCCCAGUGGGACGACGCCGCCAGAGAUGGGUUACACUUCCUAGAGCACACAGUCCUUCAGAUACCCUUCUUCCUGAUGACGCUUAUGCGCUACAUUACCCCGACGCUUGACCAAAUGUUCAUGGACUCUCUCCGCUGGGUCGAUCAGACAUACAUCCAAAAACACAAAUCGGAGGAUCCGCACAACCUCCGUGCCCUCUACUAUCCGAACCUGAACAUGUAUCCCACGCAUGCGCCGAAGGGAGAACAGGAGAAGACAGCCUUGAAGCAGACCAUCACAGUUUUUGCCGUGAAGUACGGACGAAGAGCCGGGAUUUCGCUUGCAGUACUGGCCCUGUCAUAUGUGCCAUACGUGGGACGCUUUGUGCUCCCCGCCGCCAGCUUCUACACCUUUCAAAAAGGAGUGGGGCCUCAACCGGCAAUGGCCAUCUUUGCCGGUUCAUUACUGCUGCCUCGAAGGUACCUCGUAGCUUUCCUCCAGUCAUACUUUUCGUCGAGGACUCUUAUGCGUGAGCUUCUCGAGCCAUACUUUGCUCGCGUGCGCUAUUCAAAGGAGCAAAAGAAGUUGUGGUUCAAAGACCGUGCUGGCGUUCUAUUUGGCUUUGGCCUGGGGUUCUAUGUCCUCGUGAAAAUACCCCUAGUCGGUGUCCUCGUCUACGGUCUUGCAGAAGCCUCAACAGCCUACCUGAUAACUAAGGUCACCGACCCACCACCUCCCCCUUCCGAGGCCGAAGAGUUCAAACAGGAGUCGCUCCGCUGGAAGAACAAACAUGAGUUCCUCGCAUUACCAUGGCAAAACAUGGACGCUUACAACAUUGAGAUGGUGAAAGACAAAUUCAUGUCCGAGGUUCGGCAGACGCCGCGGAAACAGUUCACUUGAAUCAUUUUCUCGUCGAUGGUUGCCCACGAACAGGAGCGCUGGAAGCACACAACAUGGCAGGAAUUUCGGAACGGCCCAGCAUCCGACCAAUCGAAGAGUGGCCAUCAUGGAAAUAUCGGCAAACACGUACAACAGCCAUCCGUCGCUUUCGUGCUGCACGAUGAUGAUAUUCGGUUUGGCAUGCGCGGUUGUACCCCGCAGCGGGGCAGACGGCUUUCCAUUUGCAGCAGCUGAGGCUAUCCGAUGCUACGUAACAGCUCUGAUUUAUCUCCAGCUUAUCACCUUCCUUGCUCUCAAUUCGUUCAGACAGGGCUUGGAGGGCUGAGCUCCACGGAAGCUAGGAUGGAGUUAUCAAUGAAUACUGGAAGAGCCUGGUUCCCCCGCGCGUCUCUUAUAUCUAGUGAUGCAUGUCCCACGCUGUCGACGGCCCCUUCAUUCCACUCGCUCCUCAUCGAAAACCUCACACAGA